GCCGAGGAGUCUGCCGAAUUUGGCACGCUGGCACAAUUUGUCGCAGGAUAGGGUUUUGGGGAUCCCUGCGUGAUUUGCACGGGCACGCAGUGCAUUGCUCGGCGAAUUCGUGGGAGACUUCGCACUGCUGCUAUUUCCCACGCUACGGAGAGUGGUUUGAGCCGUUUAGUGGCCGUUUUGGUGGAGGAUUCGCUGAAUAUUAGCUGUUGAUUUGGCAUUUUGCGGUGUUGGAAGAGGUUGUUUUGGAGGCGGUUCAGCGCGAUGGCGGUGAUGUGCGGGAUCGGGUUGGCUUCCUCCUUGUUGCAGCAGGAGAGUUACAUGAGCGUGGCGUCGUCUGAAGCGGGGAGAGCUGAUGUUAAGCGCGUCUCAUCGUCUUCGUCGCCUCAGCUUCUUCAGAAUGGCGUCGGUUUGAGGAGGACUUGUCGGAUGCCGGCUUUUUUUGUGACAGAGGAGAGGCUUAGGUCUUCGUUGUCGCAUAACUCAACCUACCAUGUACGCGGAUCGAAAGUGCAGCAAUUGCAUGCAGUAGCAGAUGCUCUGAACCAAACCAGUGACUUGGAUACAUUGGAAGGGAUCGACUGGGACAAUUUUGGUUUUGGUCUGCGUCCAACUGAUUUCAUGUUUGUUAUGAAGGGCGACCUAGAGGGCAAUUGGCAAAAAGGACAGCUACGACCGUUUGGGAAUUUGGAAGUCAGUCCAUCUGCUGGAGUGUUAAAUUAUGGACAGGGUGUGUUUGAAGGUAUGAAGGCAUAUAGGACAGCUGAUGAUCGCAUAUUAAUUUUCCGUCCAGAGGAGAAUGCCAUGCGUAUGAUAAAUGGGGCUGAGCGGAUGAGCAUGCCUGCCCCAGAUGUUGACACAUUUGUUGAUGCUGUGAAAAAAACGGUUCUGGCAAACAAACGUUGGGUGCCCCCGACAGGCAAGGGAUCACUUUACAUCCGUCCCUUGCUCAUUGGCACUGGCCCUAUUUUGGGCUUAGCACCUGCACCAGAAUAUACCUUUCUAAUUUAUGUAUCUCCUGUUGGAACAUAUUUCAAGGGGGGCUUAUCUCCAAUUGACCUGAAAGUAGAGACUUAUUUCCAUCGUGCUGCUCCUGGUGGAACUGGUGGAGUAAAAACUAUAUCCAAUUAUGCCCCAGUGCUGAAGACUCAACUGAUGGCUAAAGGGAACGGCUAUUCAGAUGUCUUGUACCUAGACGCAAUAGAGAACAAGUAUGUGGAGGAAGUCUCGUCUUGCAACAUAUUCAUGGUCAAGGGCAAAGUGAUCUCAACUCCUGAAUUGGCUGGAACGAUCCUGCCGGGAAUCACAAGAAAGAGCAUUAUUCAGUUAGCACGCAGUCGCGGUUAUGAGGUAAAUGAGCGACCAGUGUCGGUGGAUGAACUGCUAGCUGCCGAUGAGGUGUUUUGCACUGGAACGGCUGUGGUUGUAAAUCCCGUAGGAAGCAUCACUCAUGGCACAAACAGGGUGCAGUACAAUAAUGGAGCUGUGGGAAGAGUAUCACAAGAGCUUUAUGAAGCCCUGACAACCUUACAAAUGGGUGUAUCCAAAGAUGAAUUUGACUGGGUAGUAGAAUUGGUGUAAGAUUGAUUACUGCACACAGAUCUGAUCUGGUUGUAUUUGCUAGACUUUUCUUUCGUUUCCUCUUUUGUAAGGACAACGUGAUACGAAUGCCGAUCCUACUUUAUUCGAUAAACAGCACAGGUUACGAUUCUUGCUUGUAUUAUAUAACUUUUACCAGUCAGUGCAACGUCGACUUCACAUUAAUAGUUUUUGACUUAUCACAAUGCAGCACUCGUCAUAGAAGAAACCGAUUAGAGGUUUGUCUAUCGUAAAUUGAAUCAGUCUUCAGCAAAAUUGACACUUCAUCUCUAAUUUUUAAUCAAAAACAGGUUUAUCAA